ACAAGGGCAACAGGUGAACACAAUGACACAAUCAGGCACAGGAGGGAAACUCAGACAGGGAGUGAAACUAAACAUGACACAAGAGGGGAAAACAUUUCAAAAUAACACAGGAAACAACAAACAAAACAAGGAUCAUGACACUAUAUUGUUUUCUGUUGGUUUCUAAAGAAAGACUGGUUAGUUCAGUCUCAGUGGCCCCUCCUCACAGAAAACCCAAUUUUCUCAACCUAUUCUUUGAGAGGGGCUGGUAUUUUCUUUCAGUCAAAAGAGGAAACACUUCAACUGCUCAGGGUAGAGUCUGCAUCUUUCAGGUUAAAAUGGACCAAAGACAAAACUCACAGCUAAAUCUGAUGACCCUUGGGACCAAACCAGGACAAACCCAAUCCAAACCUCGAGAGAGGGAACAGUGGGAUAGCAAGAUUGUGUUCUUCCUGGCCGUGGCCGGUCACAUUGUCGGUCUGGGAAAUGUCUGGAGAUUUCCUUACCUUUGCUACAAAAAUGGAGGAGGGGUUUUCUUCAUACCUUAUGUUUUGUUUUUGUUCACCUGUGGCAUCCCACUCUUCUUCCUGGAGACAUCUCUGGGCCAGUUCACCAGUCAGGGUGGAAUAAUGUGUUGGAGGAAAAUAUGCCCUCUUUUUGAAGGCUUAGGUUAUGGAAGUCAAGUGGUUGUUUUGUACACUGGGGUGUAUUACAUAAUCAUCCUGGCUUGGGCGUUUCUCUACCUCUUUUCAUCCUUCAAGUCUGAGCUUCCUUGGGCGAGCUGUCACAACAGCUGGAAUACAGAUGCCUGUUUUGAGCAUGGUCAAAAUCAAACAUCCUCUCUGCACCUGUCAGGACCCAGCACAUCUUCGGUUGUAGAGUUUUGGGAGAGGAGAAUAUUGGGCCUGUCCAGAGGGAUUGAUGAAAUUGGUAGUGUCCGAUGGGACCUGGCCCUCUGUCUACUUCUUGCCUGGGUGUUGUGUUACUUCUGUGUCUGGAAUGGAGUGAAGUCUACAGGAAAGGUGGUGUACUUCACUGCCACAUUUCCCUAUGUAAUGCUAGUAGUGUUGCUUGUACGUGGUCUCACACUACCAGGGGCCAAAGAAGGAAUCAUAUUCUACCUUUACCCAGACCCAUCCCGCCUCGCUGAUCCAGAGGUAUGGAUGGAUGCUGGCAGCCAAAUCUUUUACUCCUAUGGUGUCUGCACAGGUGUUCUGACAUCUUUAGGAAGUUACAAUAAAUACAGCAACAACUGCUACAGAGACUGUGUCUACCUGUGCCUGUUAAACAGUUUUACCAGCUUUGUUGCUGGCUUUGCUAUUUUUUCUGUGCUCGGUUUUAUGGCAAAAGAGCAAGGUGUGGAUAUAUCGAUGGUGGCUGAAUCAGGUCCAGGGUUGGCAUUCAUUGCUUAUCCUCAUGCAGUGGCACUGAUGCCACUUCCCCAACUCUGGGCUAUUUUCUUCUUUGUUAUGAUCAUCUUCUUGGGGUUAGAUAGUGAGUUUGCAUAUCAAGAGGCAUUGGUCACAACCAUCUCCGAUAUGUAUCCGGACUUCUUUCAAAACAGCUGUCGUCGUAAACUUCUCCUUCUUGGUAUUUCUGUUGGAAGUUUCCUCAUUGGCCUUUUGAUGGUGACAGAGGGAGGCCUUUAUAUUUUUCAACUGUUUGACUACCACGCCUGCAGUGGGAUGACCCUCCUGCUUUUUGCUGUUCUUCAGUCUGUCUGUAUUGGAUGGGUAUAUGGUGCAGAUCGCCAUUAUGAUAAUAUAAAGGACAUGAUUGGAUAUCGGCCAUGGUCCUUCAUGAAAUAUUGUUGGCAGUACUGCACACCAGCUAUCUGUGUAUGCACAUUUCUCUUCUCCUUGGUCAAAUAUAUUCCGCUGAAAUUCAACAACACUUAUGAAUACCCCUGGUGGGGCUACGCUAUUGGAGGAUUAUUUACGCUCUCUUCAACGCUCAUGGUUCCUCUGUGGAUGCUGUAUGCUGUGAGUGUCACUCCAGGAUCAUUGAGACAGAGACUGAAAGUUCUGUGCACUCCAGCUAAGGACUUACCUACUGCAACGUUAAAGAAGGCAUUAAAUAAAGAAGCAUUUGAGACUUUCACAGGCUUGUACACACUGUGCCAAUCAGAAAGUCCAGACGAAAACGGCGAAAUUAGUCAGCAGUCAUCUAUCAUCUAAACGGCAUGAAAAAUGUACUGAAAUUAAACAAUAUUCCUGAUGAAUGCGGAUCCUAAACCGCUUACUAGCCAGCCAUAACUGCCACAAAACAGGAAAAGUAAACACUGACAAAGUGUCAUACCAACACAAUACAGUGUUGGUAGAGUCUCUCUUCAGGCUGUGAGUGUACCUAUUCCACACAUUUCUGUAGCUUCUGUGUGUAGACAAUAUAUUUCUCACAGAUUUGUUUUGGUAAUCACAUUGUAAAAAGUUGGUCUUAAACGACUAAAGAUUGUAUCAUUAUUGUUUCCUAGGAAUAUUACAGGAAGUCUUGGUCUGGGAGUUUUAUAAAAACAUUGAGCUAAAAAUGUCUUUGACCAUACACUGUGUUACACAGUAACCUUUGUGUAUGUUGGUUGCCAGUGUAUUAAUUCAUUUAAUGUAUUGAUACUCAUAACCGAAACUCUAUUAAAUAGGUGCAGAAAAAAUAGCUUCCAAACAUUUUUAAAAAUGUUUUUAAAUGAUGUACUUAACAUUUGAAUGCCCGUUUUUGUGUUUAAUACAGAACUAAAAGGUACAUUAUUAUAGUUUUUCAGGAACAAACCAGUAGAAGUCAAACAGAGCAUUUAAAUACAUGUGGCUAUCUAUGUGA